CUGAACAGAUAACCGUCUAAACUCGUGGAAAAUACUGAAAUUAAUCUACACGAUUAAAUGUAUAUUGAAUGUAUUUUAAGUAGCUCCAUUUGGCUAGGGCACAGAUACCCGCUUCUUACACGACGAAUAUCUCCCAAAAUAUUUUCGGUGUCAUUCCUGUGCACGGAGCAUAAAUCGUGCAAUUCCAAAACGUAAACUCUCUUAAUUCUCUAGUUUAUACACACCAUCACACAGAUCUCUCAGUACCCCUGACACAGUGAGGACGGCUUUAAUCUCUCUCCUAUGACUCUCACAUGAUGAAGAAUUCCGAGAGUAGCUCGAAACCCAGGGGAUACACAGUGCACAGCCUUUAUCCUCACAAAAGCAGCAGCCUCAGUGUCACUGCUGAAGAGGCAACAAGAGCCUUUCCUUUUUGGCGAUUUUGAGGCUUUCAGUAUGAGGGGGUACAUGGCAUCAGUCAGGUCUCCAUUUUCGUGGAUGAAGAGGAAUGAAAGCCAAAAUGAUGAGAAAAGUUUUCUAAUACCAAAGGGAGAUGGAGAUAAGGAGCCGUUGGGCGCUAAUGCAUACACAGACCCUGGAGAGAGCUAUGAAGGACGGAUGCAAGACCAGCAAUCAACAUCCACCCACUCUGACACAGAGGGACAAACAGAAGCCAGGGCCUCUCUGUUCUCCAGGCUGAUCGAGAGAGCAGGACUUGGGAGUCGAGGCAGACCCAAGAAGCCAGCACUGUUGGACAAGACAACAUUGGCAUCACAGGACUUUGUUUUCUUUGGGCCUCCACAGGAUCACAAACAUAGCAGCCUGACCAGCCGCUGCCUGAAAUACCUCCUGUUUUCCAGCAACUUCAUCUUCACCCUGUUGGGCUUGUUGGCUCUGGCCAUUGGCCUCUGGGGACUGGUAGACAAGGAGUCUUUUUCCCAGGAAAAGAUUGGGCAUAUUGGAACUGACCCCAUGUUAAUCUUUGUGACCCUGGGGCUGGUCCUCUCACUGCUGUGCCUCACAGGCUGUGUGGGCGCCCUGAGAGAAAACCAGUGCCUACUCAGAACCUUCUCUCUGGGAGUGCUAGUCCUUGUGACAUUGCAGGUGCUGUCCAGUAUUGUGGCGUACACACUUCGCAACCAGAUUGAGGGAUACCUGCGCAGUGGCAUGCUGACCGCCCUGGGACGCUAUCAGGAUGACCUGGAUCUGAGGUUCAUCAUGGAUGAAAUCCAGAUAGGACUGCAGUGCUGUGGGGCAGAUAGCUACCGUGACUGGGAACUGAACAUGUACUUUAACUGCUCUGCCCCAGGUGUCCAGGCUUGUGGGGUGCCCGCCUCCUGCUGUAUCGACCCGCUGGAGAAUGGCACAGUGUGGAACUCACAGUGCGGUCUUGGAGCCCAGCUGCUCGAUGAGUUCUCCGCUCAAAGCGUGAUCUACCUGGGUGGCUGUCUGGGUGGCAUCUCACGCUGGAUCAGGCAACACACGGGCAUCACUGGCAUGGUGGGCAUUGUUCUUCUAGGGGUGCAAAUCCUGAGCCUGUUCAUUGCCAUGCAUUUGGUGGAUGAUAUUCAGAAGAGCAAAACAUACUUACAAGCCAGCAUGUGAUUACCUUAGCUGCCAUCCACUAGAAACACAAUAAAUAGAAUAAAAGAAUUCUCUUCGUCAGAUAUGCUGCAUGGCUUAUGAAGUCUCUGCACAAAUUCUCUGUGUAUUCUGUUGGUGGAAAUGUCAUUUUAUUUUCUCUACAAUCUAAAGGACUAGAAUUUUAAUGUAAUUUAUAAUAAACCUUUGUUUAACAAGAUUGAUGAAGAUUGAUGAACUGAGAACACAUAAUGACAAUAUGCAGAGUACCCAUUUAUACAAGAAGGUUGUAUUGGAGCAAUGUCAGUGAAGCACAGUAGUGUUACCAGUAGUGUUACCAUCCUGUAGACUGAUCUUGUUAUACCCCAGAAGCUGAAGAAUAGUGCUAUGGGAAACAUCUAUGAAAACCAGUUUGCUACUAUAAGUAGUGUUGCUGAGCCAGUAGGUGGCACUUUUAUCUGUGAACCAGAAUUUCCCAUCUACUGCUCCAGUAUGGUGAAGAGAGAGAGUCUUUAUUAUCCUCAAUUUGUUUUACAGCAGCAGAAAUAUAAAGAAAAACAAAAAAUGUUCACAUACAGUACAUGUACAAGAAUCAUCUAUUAAAAACAGAGUUAAGGCCACAGGUAUAAAUGAGAAGUUAAAUCUGUUUGUUUUUAGAUUGGAAAAUCUGUAUCUGUGCUCUGAGAGGAGUGUAAUUUAACUUUGUUAAGUAAAGGGUGUGAAAAGUCCUCUAGGAUGGGAUAUGUUUUAUGCAAGACUUGUGACUGACAUGGAAUAGUGCAGAAUGAUCAGCACAUCAAUAUAUUUGUGACAUUGAUUGACAAUGUUCUCCAAUUUGUUCUUAUACCUCAGACUCAGAUUCCCAAACCAGCAGAUCAGUGCAAACGUUAAAACAGUUUCAAUAAAAGACUGCUUAAACAUGAUCAACAACAAAUUAUCAAUCUUAAAUUGUUUAAGCUUCCUUAAGAAAAAGAGAAUCUGUUGCCCAUUUUUGAAAAUAGAAGAGACAUUUGCCUCAAACUUUAACAUGCAGCCUAGAAAAGUCCCUAAAUACUUAUAUUUAUUCUUAUAUUUAUUCACCAUUUCCUCUGGGAAAUUAUUGCAGGUUUGAGUUAGGGUCUGAGGUUCUGAAAUCAAGAUGAAAGGUUACACUGUGCCAUCCUUCUGAUGAGGUCCUGUCUACUUGGUCAUUACGAAUCUCAUGGCACUGUUUAUAAGAGUGUAGAAUUUGGUCCUGAAGUUCUGGCUGAAUGUCACUGUGAGUUUGCACAAUCUGGCCUUCCAAACAUUUUCCUGGCUCAAACGGUGAUAGUUUUUCACUUCUUCACCAGUAGGUUGCAGAGUGGCUGUUGUGUGUCACUCAGGUGGGUGCUGCACUUCAGCGUUGAAUGAAAUGGAAUUCUUCCCAAAAGUAAAACAUAUUGGGAACAUUUGGGAAGAAAAGAACAGCUGUGACUCUCCUGGGAGAUAAAAUUCCUAACUAUAGUUUUUAUGGGGUUCUUUUUAUUUGUUACUAUUUUAUUGAUUAUUUGCUGUACUAGCCUUUCUUGGUGGCCAUUAUGUGUACUGUGCAUUAUAAAUAUUUAAAUAUAUAUUUAUUCAGAGGACUAUCUUAACAGUGGAGGUGCUAUAUGUCCUGCCUGAUAUUGAUUAUGUAAACCCAGGAAGAAUGUUUUCAGAAAGCUAUACCAUGACUGACACUUGAAGAUGUUACUUUCAUGUGUUUUUUAUGCACAGUAGCCUCAGCUAUUGCAAAUACAUAGUAUGAGGGAGGAAAAACAUUUGUUUUAAAAAUCAUUUGAGAAUUACCAGUGUACUCCUAGAACUGACAGUGCAAAAAUAUUUCUUUUGAGCAUUAGUAUAUGCCCAUUCUUCUGUGUGGAACAAGAAUUCACAAAAGCAAACAGCAAGAGAGAUAUUGUGGCAAAAGUUGUAAUGUUGAACUCGGUCUAAAGGACACUGAAAUAAACACAUGCAAGAUGCAGAAAGUUUAUUUUUCCUGUUUUUUUCAAGCUUUAUUUUGAUUUGAUCCUGUAGAGAGGACAUUCAUUCACUUUGGUUUCUGAUGACAUGGGAGCACUGCCUUUGCUGAAUAACAGUGGUUCAUAUUGAAGGAUCACUCCUGAUAUCACCCACAAUGCACUGCAGCAGAAGGUGUAGUCUCUUUUCUCAGUGACAAGAAAUGACCAAUUCCCCAUUCAGCCACACCAACUACUGCAGAUUGUUAGCACUGGUAUCAGUAUACAAACUGAUCUCAGGUUGGUACUCAGCGGCUUGAACCCACACAUUAGAAUAAGAAAAGAGAAAAAGAAAGAACUGAAAAUGAAAAGGUAAAGUUAGAUGGAAAAAAGGAGAGCCAUAAAAAUAGAAUCAAAUGGAGAAUAAAGUUCAAACAGUAUAAGAAAAAUAAAGCGUAUAUGAAGACAGUGCAAACUGGUGCCAUAAUGUUGCAUAGCUCUGUUAUAUUCAAGCCCCAAAUUGCUAAUUUAGCUUGAGUUCAGCCAUACGUAAAAUGGCCUUGCAGUGCAUGCUUCAAUAUAUAAUAUGUAAUAUAUAAAUAUGUAAAGGGAUGAUGCAUGGUAGAGAAAAUUGAAUUUAUUAACAGUGAAAAUAAUAUAGUGAAACAAAAAAUUAAAGAAAGUGACAUGCAAAGGUAAAUACCUGAGAUGCAAUAGAAGGGACGAGAGAAAGAUUUUGACAAAGACGCACACUACAACAUAAUACACGUACAUGGGACAUAUAAAAAUAAUGAUCAGGCAGAGGUAUAGGGACUGAGGUGCACCUGGGCAUUCAACACAAUGAUGUCAGGCAAAUAGAAAUGAAAUGAAAGGUCAAAGUGAAAACAAUGCAAAACAGGGAUAGGUGCAAUUUAGAGGGAAGCAUGCCAGAAGCUACACAUUAAUAAUCAAUGUGAUGACACGGGUAUAAACAUGCAAUGACAAUGACGUCGUGAAGCUACAGUACCUGAAAACUGAAACACACGGAUGACAGGAAGACAGCUGAGAUGAUUACAGAAGAUGAUAACAUACAGAAGAAAUGCGCAAUGGGACACGAAGAUGGAACACCAUAAAAGAAAGGGAGCAUGCCAAAAGAAUGAAAUGAAGGGAAAUGAAAACAGAAUCGAAUGGCCACUAAGGGGAAGGUGAGGGUGAGAAGAGAAAACACAUUACAAGACAGCACAAAACUGUACCUAGAACUCAGUGCCGUUCAAAAUCAAUUAAAAAACGGAACUGAGAAUAAAAAAAACACAAAACCUAUAGCUAUAAUACAGUAACUGUUAUUAGCAGCUUCAGAAAAUGUUAAGAAAUAACCCACUGCUACACAGGCAGAGGAUCUCAGCCGUUGUCAAUAUUACCCGGCUGGAGUGUGGACUUGUACCUGUGAGCGAUGGUCUGUACGGUAUGUUUGUCCGUGUGUAAACGUGCCCAGCUACGCACCAGGAUGGCCCAGGACGUUAACAAAAUGAUGUCCCUCACGUACUAGUCUUCCAUACAUCACGUAUCGCCUUCACACUUUAUUUUAGACUUGCGGAAGUGUCACAUAUCUGUUGAUACCAGUGCUGCCCCCCAUUUUUUACAGGAUAAAUGAUUAAAGACGGCAAAAAGGAGAGAGAAAAAAACUACGAGGGGCGCAUCAAACAACAUUGCGUGUGUACAAAAUAAUGGCGCUAGGUUUGCAACGAAAGCUUCAGUGAAAAAAAAAAA